AUGUGCGGUAAAUGCACAGCAUCGUUGCAGAAGGUAUCGACAGUCAACUUCAAGCUUUCCACAUCAUACCUCGUUGACUUACCGAUGAAGUGGUCAUUACCGCAGCCAGGUCAUCUACUACACGAGUACGAGGCGUCAGACGACCUCGUGGAGCACGCAAAAUUAGCUGUUUUUGCCGACAAAUGGGACGUUCAAGGCCUAGAGAAGCUCGCGAUACAGAACCUCUACAAAGAUCUUGCGACAUAUGCACCCACAUCAGAGAACAUCAGCCAGCUUCUCGAUCUGAUCGCAUACACCUGGGAGAACACUCGUGAUGACACUGGAAACGAUGAUGAGCGUUCUGCACGCGUUCUUACGCUCAGAGGCCUGAUAGUUGCUUAUGUCGAAGACACGGCGGCUGAGCUGAGCAAGAUCGCAGGCUUCGCGGACUUCCUAAGAGAGCAUGGCGAGUUCGCUCAGCCAGUAUUCAUGAGACUUGUUGCCAAACGCCCAAGACGAGAUAGGCAUAGUUGA